AUGGAGCGAAGCAUUGAUAUCUACGCCAGCAAGCUGGGCGACGAUAAGCUUGAUAUUAAAAUCAGAGCCAACGUCGCGGUCGAGCUACGAGACAACAUUGAGCCGUUGUGCUCUGGUGCAAGCUAUCCAAUUUUCCUUUCCAAGCUAUGGCCAGUUUUCAAGAAUAUUCUGAAGGGCGAGCCGGUGUUCACAAACUUGUCAUUCGAACAGAAAUUACGGAAUUGCGUCCUCGAAACCUUACACCGACUGCCAAUGGCUUCUCCCGAUGUCGAACCCUACGCUGCGGAUAUGGUUGACCUGCUUAUGGAUCUUGUGCGCAUCGAGAAUGAGGAGAACGCGGUUCUCUGCAUGAAGACGAUCAUGGAUCUGGAGCGGAACCAAGCAACUGCGACAGCUGCCCGGGUACAGCCCUUCCUGGAGCUCAUCCAAGAGAUGUUUCAGACGAUGGAACAGGUUGUCCGUGAUACAUUCGAUGCACCAAGCCAGGCUACACCGUCCGGAAUGCCGUCAACCCCGAGUGCUUCAGUACAGACCUUCCAGUCCCCUCGGCCCAGUUCGCCUGCCACGUCGGUGUCAGAUCUCGGACCAGAUCAGCAAUCCAGCAAUGUCCUGCUCAAGGGUAUGCAGUCAUUCAAGGUCUUGGCGGAGUGCCCAAUCAUAGUCGUGUCCAUCUUCCAGACCCAUCGGAAUUCGGUCUCGGCCAAUGUGAAGCUGUUCGUGCCUUUAAUAAAGAGCAUUCUUCUCCUUCAAGCCAAGCCGCAGGAGCGGGCGCAUGCGGAGGCAGCAGCACAAGGGACAAUCUUUACAGGCGUAUGCAGGGAAAUCAAAAAUCGUGCUGCCUUUGGCGAAUUCAUCACAGCACAAGUGAAGACAAUGAGCUUUCUCGCGUACCUGCUCCGUAUGUAUGCGCACCAGCUCCAAGAUUUUCUCCCUACACUUCCUUCCGUUGUGGUUCGACUCCUCCAAGAUUGCCCCAGGGAGAAAUCCAGCGCCAGGAAAGAGCUUCUUGUGGCCAUCCGGCAUAUUAUCAAUUUUAAUUACCGGAAGAUCUUCCUGGAGAAGAUUGACGAACUUCUCGACGAGAGAACCCUCAUCGGCGAUGGAUUAACUGUGUACGAGACGAUGCGGCCACUCGCCUACAGCAUGCUUGCAGAUCUUAUUCACCAUGUACGAGAUCACCUCACUCGCGAUCAAAUUCGGCGGACAGUCGAAGUGUACACAAAGAAUCUUCACGACGAUUUCCCGGGAACAAGCUUUCAAACCAUGAGUGCUAAGUUGCUUUUGAACAUGGCCGAAAGGAUUGCAAAGCUAGACGAUAAGCGUGAGGCCCGUUAUUUCCUGAUCAUGAUCUUAGAUGCUAUUGGUGAUAAAUUUGCUUGGAUUAAUCAUCAAUUUGAUAAUGCCGUCAAGGUGUCCAAGGCGUACAAGGCAGGCAAGAAAGAUAUUGAGCCUUCUUCCGAAAGAUAUCUCGCGGACAAGGAAAACCCUCCAGAUUGGGAUGAGAUCGAUAUAUUCUCGGCGUCGCCCAUCAAGACCUCGAACCCUCGCGAUCGCGGAGGAGACCCUGUCUCGGACAACAUCUUCCUGUUCAAGAACCUCAUCAACGGACUGAAGAACAUCUUUCAUCAGCUCAAGAACUGCAACCCAGAACAUAUUCAGAUCGACCCCAACAACGUGCCGAUCAAUUGGCCUGAAGUCUCUUACGGCUAUAAUGCAGAGGAAGUACGGGUUAUCAAGAAGCUGUUCCAUGAGGGAGCGCGUGUCUUCAAAUAUUAUGGCGUCGAUCAGCCUGCGCCAGAAGUGACAUAUAGUUCGCCCUUCGAUUUCCUUGCCAGUCAGUAUACGGCGCCUAUGUCGCGGGAAGAGAAAGAGCUUUUGGAGAGCUUUGGGACUGUCUUCCACUGCAUUGAUACGGCUACUUUCCAUGAGGUGUUUCACUCCGAGAUCCCUUACCUUCAUGAGCUUAUGUUUGAGCAUGGGGCUUUACUUCACCUGCCUCAAUUCUUCCUCGCCAGCGAAGCCACUUCUCCUGCAUUCUCCGGGAUGGUGCUCCAGUACCUCAUGGAUCGUAUCCAUGAAGUGGGAACCGCUGACAUGACCAAAGCGAAAAUUCUCCUCAGGAUGUUCAAGCUUUCUUUCAUGGCCGUGACCCUCUUCUCCGUCCAAAAUGAGCAGGUACUGCAUCCUCAUGUAACCAAGAUCGUCACGAAAUGUAUCGAGCUAUCAGUCACCGCUGAAGAACCCAUGAACUAUUUCCUCCUCCUGCGGUCACUCUUUCGCAGUAUUGGCGGGGGCCGAUUCGAAUUGUUGUACAAGGAAAUCCUUCCAUUACUGGAGAUGCUCCUUGAGACAUUCAACAAUUUAUUGCUUGCUGCUCGAAAGCCGCAAGAGCGUGAUCUCUAUGUCGAACUGACGCUCACUGUGCCCGCGCGUUUGUCCCAUCUUCUGCCUCACCUGAGCUACCUCAUGCGCCCCAUCGUUGUAGCAUUGCGUGCAGACUCAGAUCUUGUAGGGCAGGGCCUGCGAACCCUUGAGCUUUGCGUUGACAAUCUCACGGCUGACUACCUGGACCCCAUCAUGGCUCCCAUUAUGGACGAAUUGAUGACUGCUCUAUGGGAUCAUCUGCGACCGCAUCCCUACAAUCAUUUCCACGCUCAUACAACCAUGCGAAUUCUGGGCAAAUUAGGUGGCCGUAACAGGAAAUUUUUGAACCAUCCGCCUGAGCUUACAUUCGAGCAAUUUUCUGAUGAUUCACCAAGCUUCGAUAUCAAGCUCAUUGGGCCCAGUGAGAAACGGCCGUUCCCCAGCGGAAUUGGGGUGGACCUAGCAAUCAGGAAGUUAAUGGAGGUUCCCAAGACGGCCGCCGCGAAGGCCUCUGAUGGCUACUAUAAGCAACAGGCAUUCCGCAUGCUCUCAUCCCAAUUGAAACUCUACAUUGGUCAUGAGAAUCUCCCGGAAGAUCUAGCUGCUCUUUUGCGUUUGCACGCCAAUGACCUCUUCGAGGGCAAAACCACAGCCAUGGCCGACAUCCUGGACAAGUCUGAGAGGUCUAGUUCAAUUGCGAAGAAGUUGGCGCAGGAGGGCACUCUGAAGCAGCUCCUGAAAGCUUGCAUUUUCGCCACAACCCUUCCAGACAUCGAACAGAGCGCAGCUGCCUUCGUGGCUGAAGUCUGCAAGCAUUUUGCAGUUGUCGAAGUCGGAAGGGCCCUAGCGCUAGCCAGACAUAACCGGAAGCCCUUUGAUGUCCAUAGUGGAGAAGGUCCCGUUUAUUUAGACUCGCGGAUUCUCGCUGAAGCAAUCGUCGAAAGCCUCUCAUCUGAUAACCUUCGUGUCCGCGAUGGCGCUCAGGCGGCAAUGCAGGUCAUGAAGGACGCCGCGGGGAUUAUUUUUGGAGCACCUGAGCGAGUUGCGAAACUGCCAUUCUUCCAGCACCUGGGCCGUGUCUUUUGCCAUAGUUGUCAUAGCGAGGAAUGGUUCACCAAGGCGGGAGGCAGCCUGGGUAUUCACCUCUUCGCAACCAAACUUGAUCUUGGGGAUUCUUGGCUCUUUGAUAAACAGUUUGAAUUCGCUCGAGCACUGAUGUACGUUAUCAAGGAUACGCCCGCUGAUCUACCGGCUAGCACUCGAGUCAGUGCGGGUGACACCCUGGACUUGAUUCUCAGACGAUGCUGCAAGAAUGUGUCCAAGGAUGACAUGAAGAACGAGAAGAGUCGUCUUUGGUCCCUUUGCGGUUUCUUUGUCUAUGAGCUUUCGCAUAUGAACAAGCAUGUCCGUGAGGCUUCGCGAAGGAGCUUUUCCACAAUUGCCGAGGUGCUUGGUUGUCAAGUACACGAGCUCAUUUUCCCCGUCAAAGACCGGCUUCUGCAGUCGAUUUUUAACAAGCCUCUGCGGGCAUUGCCUUUCCCCACUCAGAUCGGCUUCAUUGAUGCCAUAACCUUUUGCCUAAGCCUCCACAACAACAUUGUCACCUUCAAUGAGCCAUUGAAUCGAUUGAUGCUAGAGUCCCUUGCCCUUGCAGAUGCUGACGAUGAGUCUCUCGCAACCAAGCCGAAUGAGUUCAAGAAUGCCGAAAUGAUUGUCAAUCUCCGUGUGGCCUGCCUGCGUCUAUUGUCGAUGGCAAUGAGCUUUCCAGAAUUCGCAAAUACACCGCAGAACACCAGCCGUGCGCGCAUUAUCUCCGUCUUCUUCAAGUCCCUUUAUUCUCGAUCACACGAUGCCAUCGAGGCGGCCAACGCAGGUCUCAGGGAUGUUCUCACGCAGACGAACAAGCUGCCCAAGGAUCUACUUCAGAAUGGCCUUCGCCCAAUUCUCAUGAACCUGCAGGAUCCCAAACGCCUUAGUGUGGCAGGACUGGAUGGCCUUGCUCGCCUCCUUACCCUGUUGACAAACUACUUCAAGGUCGAGAUUGGUGCCCGGCUGUUGGAUCACAUGAAGGUAAUAGCGGAUGAUGCGGUGUUGCAAAAGGUAUCGUUUAGCCUUGUCGAGCAGAAUCAGACAAUUAAGAUUGUCACUGCGAUCUUCAACAUAUUCCACCUUCUUCCUCCAGCCGCCACAUCAUUUAUGGAGCACCUUGUGAAUAAAGUGUUGGAACUGGAAGAGAAGCUUCGCCGAACAUCUAACAGUCCAUUCCGGAAACCGCUUGUCAAGUAUCUCAAUCGCUAUCCCAAGGAGAGUCUGGCGUUUUUCCAAGCUCGCUUUAAAGAGGAGCGCUUCGGACGAUUCUUUGGCCAGAUCCUCGCGGACCCGGACAGCGAGGCAUUGCGUGCUGCAGUCGUAGCAGACACCGAGGGCUUCAAGUCAGCUGUUUUUGGACAAGACUCAGCCGAUGGCAGGAAUACUGCUGCCAUUAACGGUAUCUAUGUUGCGCAUUCUGUCUGCUCGUACCAGGCCACCAAGCGCUGGCUGGUCUCGCACGCUGAUCUUAAGACCAUGCUGCUCAAUGCUGGACGAGAUCUUGAGAAAAAGCUGCGCAAUGAUCGGCUUCCGGCAAACGAACGUCUGAGGGUGGAGCAAGCGGAGGACCAGUUGAUGGAUAUAUUCACCAUUUACCUGUCCGAGUCGGUGCAGGACCUGGAUUUCCUCUUUGACCUGAUAGACGGUUUAUCGGCAGAAGAACUGAAGCGUACGCUGGCAUUCCCCAAGUUCAUCUACCGCCACAUCAUAACAAACGAAUCGAUCGACUACCGGCGGUCAGUAAUCAUGCGCUGUCUCGACCUUUACGGCCAACGCACUUGCUCGCAGAAGAUGAAGACGUACGCCUUCCACAAUCUGGUCAACCCAAUACUCGCCAUGGACGUCCAAACAACAUGGAAUAGCCCUUCUAACAGCCCGAAGCUGAUGGAUAAGAGCAUGACCGAAUCUAUUCAGAGCCGUCUCUGGAGGCCCCAGUUAACCGAUUUGAGCGAGGAGUCUACUCAAGCUGGCGUGGACCAUUCGCGCAUGGAAUUACUCCAGCUGUCAGCUUUGUUGAUCAAAUACCAUCAUCAGACCGUCCAAGACUCUCGCAAGGACAUCAUUAAGUUUGCUUGGAAUUAUAUUCGGCUUGAAGAUAUAAUCAACAAGUAUGGGGCCUAUGUUCUCAUCAGUUACUUCAUUGCCCACUAUGAGACACCUUUCAAGAUCGUGGUCCAGGUCUACGUCGCUUUGUUGCGAGCACAUCAAAACGAGGGCAAAGCCCUUGUCACCCAGGCUCUUGACGUUCUGGCGCCCGUUUUGCCUUCGAGGAUAAUGUCUGCAACGAGCAAUGCUCAGGCGCCUGACACACGGUAUCCGUUGUGGGCGAAGUGGCCUCGACGCAUCUUAGCGGAAGAGACUGCGAAUCUGCAACAAGUCAUGAGCAUUUUUCAAUUCCUUGUGCGGCAUCCCGACCUCUUCUAUGAAUCCAGAGAGCAUUUCGUUCCACUUAUCGUUCCCUCUUUGAUCAAAAUUGCGGCACCUCCGAAUUCGAAUAAUGAAAGCAAGAAGCUCGCUCUGAAUCUAAUCGGUCUGAUUUGGCACUGGGAAGAGAAGAGGGUUACUAGCAGCCGUACCGCUAUGACCAAUGGCAUCUUGGAGUCGCCAAAUGCAAGGAAGCGCAAACUUGAAGAUACACAAGACACAUCUUCACCCUCUGCAGCUCUUGCUCCUCCUAGUUCUCACGAGCGCACUGAGUACAUCAUACCUUCAGACCUACGAGCUACAAUGACGAAGUACCUGAUUACAUUCAUUACAACCGUGCCCGAGAGGUUCCCCGUUCCAGCUGCUCGCUUCCGCGAGCUACCUUCGUCAAAACCACAGCAACAGCAGCCGGCCAUCCUGACUGGCGACAUGGUCAAGAAAGCUGUAUUCCUACUGAGGAACCUCCUCUCUCCUGAGUACUGGGGCGAUCUUGAUAUUGAGUUGUAUCAGAAGAUUACCGAACCGAUCCUUGCCGGGGAAAAGGCGGACAAGCCAGACGAAAAGCACAUCACCAGCAUGAUUAAUGCUUUGCAAGUCGUGCGUGUGCUUCUCGCAGUUAAGCCUGAUGAAUGGAUCACUGCUCGUCUUCCGCUCGCUCAAAAAUUGUUCGAGAAGCCCUUGCGCUCAGACAAUCUGGAAAUUCAGGAUUCACUUCACGGCGUAGAGGAUAACAUGGAUAUCUCUCCCAAACUGCCGCCCCCAAUACGACGCGUUCUUGAUGCUCUGCCAGAAGAUCAACCGGAGGAGGAAGAUGCUAUGGAUGUUGAGAACUCGCCCUCUGAAUUUGUCACCUACCUGUCGGCCAUUGCGACAGAGACUCUUUCGGCUAACAACUACAUUUCAAGCCUCAAUAUCCUCUGGACUCUUUCAAAGAACAAACCGGCUGAGAUGGACGCCCAUAUUGUCCCAGUUAUGAAGGCCUUCUCUCAGAAAUUGGCGAAAGACCACGUUGCAGCAUCGACGAACAACCAGCAAGCACAAUAUCCACCUGGAGCCGCCAAACCUGCAGAGAAUGUGCCGGAUCAACAGGAAUAUGAAAUCGGUGUUGACCUGAUUGUUAAGACAAUCGAGCUGAUCUCUGUGCGCAUGUCUCACCUCGGUGAGCAAAGACGCCCUUUCCUGAGUGUACUUGCACAGUUGGUGGAAAGGUCACAGAAUGAGGCCCUUUGCACCAAAGUACUGAAUAUGGUUGAGACCUGGAUUUUCUAUUCAACGGAAUCUUGGCCGACCUUGAAGGAGAAGACUGCUGUCUUACACAAGAUGCUACUUUUUGAGACUCGAUCGGACCAGAAAAUGCUGAAGAAGUUCUUGGAUUUGGUGAUUAGGAUCUACGAAGAUUCUAAGAUAACACGCACUGAGCUCACAGUUAGGCUGGAGCACGCAUUCUUAAUUGGCACUAGAGCGCAGGAUGUUGAAAUGCGUAAUCGGUUCAUGAACAUCUUCGAUCGGAGUUUGACUCGACUAGCUAGCUCCCGGCUAAGCUAUGUCCUUACCUGCCAGAAUUGGGACACUCUCGCGGACUCUUUCUGGCUCGCCCAAGCCUCCCAUCUCAUACUGGGAUGUGUCGACAUGGCAGCACCUGCUAGACUUCACCCUGACGAUUUCACCGUCUAUCCUCUGUCUUUCCUUCUGAGCAAUGCUGAAAAAGACGCAAGGAAGACUGAUGUCAUGGUCGAUGCUCAGCUGGAGGCUUUUAUCUCCGAUCGUAAGCGAUUCAUAGCCGAUAUCGGCGACGUGAGAACUCGAGAUUUGAUGGAGCCGCUCUGCCAACUCCAGCAUACGGACCCAAACGUCUCUUACAGUCUGUGGACCACGUUGUUUCCGAUUUUCUGGUCCACACUGUCCAGGGAGGACCGUAUCGACUUGGAGAAGGGCAUGGUGACACUCAUCACGCGCGAAUACCAUCAAAGACAGCUGGACAAGAGGCCAAAUGUUGUGCAAGCUCUGCUUGAAGGCGCCGUCAGGUCCAAGCCCCGAUUCAAAGUCCCUCCUCACGUGAUGAAGUACCUCAGUCGCACCUAUGACGCGUGGUACACGGCUGCCAGCUACCUGGAGGAAACCGCAAUCAGUCCAAUCAUUGAUACCCCGACAGUACGUGAGAGUAACCUGGAUGCGUUGGUGGGGGUAUAUGCUGGUCUACAAGAAGAUGACUUCUUCUAUGGUACCUGGCGGCGUCGAUGCAAGUUCGUUGAAACCAACGCUGCCCUCUCUUAUGAACAGCAAGGAAUGUGGGAUAAGGCCCAGCAGCUUUACGAAAAUGCUCAGAUCAAGGCACGGUCCGGUGCAAUGCCAUUUUCGCAAGGCGAAUACUACCUGUGGGAAGAUCACUGGUUGAUCUGCGCCCAGAAAUUGCAGCAGUGGGAGAUUUUGAGUGACUUUGCCAAGCACGAGAAUCUUAAUGAUCUUCUCUUGGAGGCUGCCUGGAGGAACAUUGAGAACUGGCAAAGCGAAGGCAAUAGGGAGCAGAUCGAAUCGCUCAUCAAAUCUGUUUCCGAUGCGCCCACGCCCAGGCGGACUUUCUUCCAAGCUUUCAUGUCGCUCUUGCAGUUCCAUCUCAAGAAAGAGAAUUUGCAAGAUUUCAACGGCGUGUGUGAUGAGUCGAUCCAGUUAUCCAUUCGCAAAUGGCUCCAGCUGCCGAAGAAUAUUACAAAUGCCCAUAUUCCGAUAUUGCAGCAUUUCCAACUUCUUGUUGAGCUUCAUGAUGCCAGCCAUAUCUGUGCAAGCUUGUCCCAAACCAAUGAAAGAAACCUGGAUACCAAGUCCGCUGAGUUGAAGCUGCUGCUUGGAACGUGGCGAGACCGUCUUCCCAAUCUCUGGGAUGAUAUUAACGCUUGGCAGGAUCUUGUCACCUGGCGCCAGCAUAUCUUCCAGCUCAUCAACGCGACGUACCUAAGUCUGCUACCCCCACAGACGAACAACGUGGCUAGCAAUUCCUACGCCUAUCGUGGCUACCACGAGACAGCAUGGAUCAUCAACAGGUUCGCCCAUGUUGCUCGAAAGCACCAAAUGCCCGAAGUCUGUAUCAACCAGCUCAGCCGGAUUUACACCCUACCGAACAUUGAAAUUCAAGAGGCUUUCUUGAAGUUACGGGAACAGGCAAAAUGCCAUUAUCAGAACCCCAAGGAACUCAACAGUGGAUUGGAUGUAAUCAACAACACAAAUCUCAACUACUUCGGCGCACAGCAGAAGGCAGAGUUCUACACCCUCAAAGGCAUGUUCCUGGCCAAGCUCAACCAUGUCAAUGAGGCCAACGAGGCAUUUGGGGUCGCUUUGUACUACGACUUGAGACUCGCAAAGGCCUGGUCUGAAUGGGGCCAGUACAGUGAUCAACGCUUCAAGGCCGAUCCAUCGGACUAUGAACUGGCCAGCAAUGCGGUUAGUUGUUACCUUGAGGCUGCCGGCCUUUACAAGAAUGCGAAGUCUAGAAAGCUUCUCAGCCGUAUUCUCUGGCUUCUCAGCUUGGACAACGAAGAGGGACGAAUUGCCGGAGCCUUCGAGAACUUCAAGGGAGACACACCUGUUUGGUACUGGAUUACCUUCAUACCGCAGCUUCUUACGAGCCUGUCGCACCGCGAAGCACGCCUUUGCAAGGCCGUCUUGGUGAAGAUAGCGAAAUUGUACCCUCAGGCGCUCUUCUUCCUCCUCCGUACGAACCGGGAGGACAUGCUCAGUAUCAAGAAACAGCAUGAGCAGAAGCAGGAGAAGUUGAAUCGUGCUAGGCAGCAGCAGGCGUCGCCCCACCCCAAGCCUUCUCCGGCGACGGCCGACAGUUCUCCUGCACAGGGUAGUAAACCUGCUAUUCCAAAUGCUCCUGCUCAGGGUCAGGUUAGCCAACCAUCUCAAGGUCAAGCCCAAGGCCAGAGUCCAGGUCAGGGUCAGAUCAAGUCCCAGCAAUCACCCGCUCAAGGCCAAGCUCAGCCCCAGGGACAAGCUCAACCCUCCGGUGCAACUCCUGGACAACCCCAAGGUUCAGGGCAAGGACAAAUGCAGCAACCUCAGAAUCAACAACAGGCUAAUUUGCAAGUCCCUGGGCAGAACGGGGUGCAGCAGCAGACCCAGACUGCUGCAGCAGAGCCAGAAAAGGAGCCUCUUAAGAAACCCUGGGAGUAUUCGGACGAAAUCAUGUCCGGUCUCAAGACUGCCUUCCCGUUGCUUGCACUGUCAAUGGAGACGAUGGUCGACCAGAUUCACAAGAACUUCAAGUGCCCCCCUGACGAGGACGCCUAUCGUCUCAUUGUCGCCCUGCUUAACGAUGGCUUGGCCUACGUGGGUCGCAUGCCCGGUUCAUACGCCCAAGACUUUAAACUACCUGCCGCCACCGAGGCCAAUAUCACUCGCUUCGCGGAAACGAUUCUCCCUGCACAUAUUCGCAAGUCUUUUGAAGCCGAUUUCGUCGUCAAGAAGCCAACCAUGUACGAAUACAUCCAGAAGCUGCGUCGCUGGCGUGACAAGUUCGAGGAGAAGCUGGAUCGCCGCGGCCAGUACCAAUUUUUGGAAACCUAUUCGCCGCAUCUGAGCGAGUUCCGCUUCCUGAAAUUUGAUGAAGUCGAGGUGCCGGGACAAUAUCUGCUGCACAAGGACAAGAACCAGGAUUUCGUGCGCAUCGACAGGUUCCUGCCAGAUAUUGACCUUGUCCGGGGUAUUGGUGUUUGCCAUCGUCGGCUCAAGAUUCGUGGCCAUGACGGUAGCGUGCAUCCGUUCGCUGUUCAACAUCCCGCAGCUCGCCACUGUAGACGAGAAGAGCGCAUCCUGCAGCUCUUCCGUAUCUUCAACGGGCUUCUUGGCAAACGCAAGGAAAGCCGGCGCCGUAACCUUUAUUUCCAUCUCCCGCUCAUGGUUCCCCUCGCGCCGCACAUUCGCUUGGUGCGCGAUGAUCCUUCAUACAUUUCUAUGCAGGGCAUAUUCGAGGACUAUUGCCGCCGAGUGGGAACCAGCAAGGAUGAACCUGUUCUGUUUACUAUGGAGAAAAUGCGGUCAUUGGCAGAGACGAAGCAAAAUCGGACCCCUGACCAGCAACAGGUUCUUCGGACCGAGAUUCUCACGGCCAUUCAGGAGAAGUGGGUGCCCAGUACGAUUGUGAAGGACUACUUCCAGAAGACGUAUCCCAACUUUGCAAAUUUCUGGCUCUUCCGUCGUCAAUUCUCCUAUCAAUACGCGGCUAUCGCAUUCAUGACCUACGUGAUGCAUAUGGGCAACCGGUAUCCCAACAAGAUAAUGAUCUCCAGAUCUACAGGUGACAUUUGGGGCACGGAGCUGAUACCAGCGAUUAACCCCGCAAAGGCUUUCUUCUACAACCCGGAACAGGUGCCAUUCCGUUUCACGCCUAAUAUCCAGACACUGAUGGGACCGAUCGCAACUGAAGGUCUCUUUGCCUGCGCUUUGAUGGCGAUCGCCCGCUGCCUCACCGAAACGCGUCAUGAGCUCGAGCAGCAACUGAGCAUCUUCGUUCGUGACGAGAUGAUGUUCUGGGCCACGGCGCAACAUCGCGGUGUACUUCCAGUGCAACAGCUUCGUGACCUGGUGUACAACAAUAGCGACAUCAUUGUCAACCGGGCUGUUAGCCUUGCCAGCCCGCCAGAGGGCAAUUUGCCCGCCAACCAAACCACCAUCGACCUGAUCUCCAAGGCUGUGAACCCUCAGCACCUGGCGUCUUGUGAUGCACUCUGGAUGCCGUACCUCUAG